AUGAAGUACUUCACCGCCAUCACCGUCGCCCUCAUGGCCUCCCUCCAACUCACCGGCGCCGCCCCAGCACCCCAACCCGAGGCCGAGGCCGACCUCUUCACCCGCGCAAUCUCAGUGUCCGUCUCCUAUGACCCCAAGUUUGACGUCUCGGGCUCCUCUCUCAACACAGUCGCCUGCUCGGACGGCACCAACGGUCUCGUGAGCAAAUACCCGACCUUCGGCAAUCUGCCCACCUUCCCCCGCAUCGGAGGUGCACCCACAAUCGCCGGGUGGAACAGUCCCAACUGUGGCAACUGCUACUCGCUGCACUACAAGAGUGGCAAGGUCGACAAGACCAUUAAGGUCCUCGCCAUCGAUGCCGCACCUGGUGGUUUUAAUAUCGGUAAGCAGGCUAUGAACCUGCUCACCAACAAUCAGGCUGAGGCAUUGGGCCGUGUCACGGCUACCUACACCCUGCUCGCGGAUAGUGAGUGUGGAAUGUAG